AUGUCAAAGGUGAAGUUAGAAGAAGUGGUUGUCAAGAAAGAGCUCCCAGACGACCAACACCACAAACAGCGGAUUCUUGCUUGCACCCGCGCGUCACCAGACUCCAGUCCUGAGCAGCCGGCCAGUAGCAACGCCGCAAAGCGGUCAGGUCAAGGACUUGCAAAGGGAUGCGCGGUUAAGUCUAGUGGACUUGAAGAGGAGACGCCAAAAGAACGUGGUAGUGGGGACGACCAAACGCUGGCGUCCUUGAUUGCCGCCGACCCCACCAAGCAGAAGGCUUUGGUCUCCCAGCGUGUCUCUGGAAAUGCAGGCUCAGGACCGUCACGGCCAUCAUCCAUGAGCGCUGCUUUUGCUGGCGAAAGAGACCCGCUGUUACGAAUGAUGCAGUGCCUUUACACUGCCCCAAGCGCAGCAGAAGCAGAGAGGGACCUCUUUCUGAAUGUGCGCACCGCAGAUGAGGAGGCGCUCCGGAGCUUGUCGCUGAGAACACGCGAGUUUGUUCCAGCGCUCGUUGCAUUUCGAAAGAAGGCUGUCGAUCGAGCCAUAUUGGCGCCAGAGAAGCAUGUGAAGGUCUCCCAGGAGCUUAUCGAGGACAGCGAUGGGCAGAGUAGCAGCAUCGAUUUUGGGCUUACUGAUGUCGACGAAUGUGCCGAGUCCAGGCAGUCACAAGCUGCCGGCUGGUGCAAAUCAGGAUUCUCUGACCUUCGUCGACGACAUCUGCAGCGGCACCAAAGGCAGCCCCCGACGAACGUGGCAGGGCAAGUGGCAAGCAGCUGCAAGGCUGCUGCCUCAGAAGGAGCCCCUUCGGCUUCGCCUGCCCCGCUGCAUGCUGCUUCAGCUUCGCAGGCAAAGCCUGAACCAGAAGGACCUGCUGCAAGGCAAGCAGAAAUCGCCAGACGGCGCAGUGAGGAUUCUUCCUCAUUUCUUUUGGGAAGCAAGCGCCAGAAGUUGACCAGCUAG